CGCGGUUUCCUGCUUCAACAGUGCUUGGACGGAACCCGGCGCUCGUCCCCCACCCGGGCCGGCCGUUCAGAGCCAGCCCUCCGCCAUCUCUUCGUCGCGCCCUCGGACCGCUCCAAGGCCCCGCCGCCGCUUGCCGCCGCCUUUUCUCAGCCGCCGCCAUGACGACCGCGUCCCCCUCGCAGGUGCGCCAGAACUACCACCAGGACUCUGAGGCCGCCAUCAACCGCCAGAUCAACUUGGAGCUCUACGCCUCCUACGUCUACCUGUCCAUGUCUUACUACUUUGACCGCGAUGAUGUGGCUUUGAAGAACUUUGCCAAAUAUUUUCUUCACCAAUCUCAUGAGGAGAGGGAACAUGCUGAGAAACUGAUGAAGCUGCAGAACCAGCGAGGUGGCCGAAUCUUCCUUCAGGAUAUCAAGAAACCAGACCGUGAUGAUUGGGAGAACGGGCUGAAUGCAAUGGAGUGUGCAUUACAUUUGGAAAAGAGCGUGAAUCAGUCACUACUGGAACUGCACAAACUGGCCACUGAUAAAAGUGACCCCCAUUUGUGUGACUUCAUUGAGACUCAUUACCUGAAUGAGCAGGUGAAAUCCAUCAAAGAAUUGGGUGACCACGUAACCAACCUGCGCAAGAUGGGGGCUCCCGAAUCUGGCAUGGCAGAGUAUCUCUUUGACAAGCACACCUUGGGAAACAGUGAUAGUGAAAGCUAAGCCUUAGGCUGUCUUCCCAUAGCCACAAGGGUGACUUCCCUGGUCACCAAGGCAGUGCAUGCAUGUUGGGGUUACCUUUACCUUUUCUAUAAGUUGUACCAAAACAUCUACUUAACUUCUUUCAUUUGUACCAUUCUUCAAAUAAAGUAAUUUGGUACCCAAAAAAAAAAAAAAA